AAAAGGCAGUAUUUCACGUGCUACAUUUGGAACUGUCAAAAUGCCGGUUUGUUUUCCACGUGUGUUUAUGUUGUUUUUGAAGAUCCCUCGUGCACCACGUUCGUCGUAUCGUUUGUUUAACUUACAUUUGAUCUGUAAAACAUGUUUGACGAUGCGGAAAGUUCCGACGAAGAGUCCCCGGUUCCGGACGCCGAUUCUUGUAGCAGUAAAGAACUGAUAGUUUUGUUUCAGCACAAUAUAUCGGCCAGUUCCGAAGUAGCUGCAUCGCUGAAACGCACCUGUGGCCUACACCUUUCGCAGUCAAACGAUUCUAGCUCACUAGCCGUGGGAUUGUCUCGCAAGGAAUUGCAAUUGUAUCACGUGCGUGACACCGGUGAACUAGCUCUUGCUAAUGGAACACUCGGCCAGUACAAAAGUAGGAUUCGUGGUGUUCGAUUUUUCAACUCCGAUUCCAACAGCCUUAUCUGCUGUACGGAAGGAGGGGACAUUCUUAUGUACGAUGUACGAUCCGGAAAGGAGGUGCACCGUUUCGAAGAUACUUCGGAGGGAUUGAAGAAAAGCAUGACCUCAUGUGAUAUCAACCAGAACGAUCGGGUGCUGUGUGCGUCGACUGAAGUGCAGAAAAAUGGAGAUAGUUUUUUGCUUUUCUUCGAUGUGCGGGAACGCAAGAACCUCGGCUGCUAUUGGGAGUGUCACAGUGACGACAUCACAAAUGUGCGGUUUCAUCCGACCAAUCCAGAUCGCUUUGCAAGUGCAAGCGUUGACGGACUUAUCAAUGUGUUCGAUAUUUCGAAACCAACCGAGGACGAUGCGAUGGAGUAUUGCUUCAAUGUGGAAACAUCGAUCGACUCCAUCAACUGGCAUAAAGAUCCUACCGGUCGAGAUCUGGUGGCCUGCAUUACGACGACCAACGAUCUACAUUUGUACGAUGUAGAAAGUCAGGACAGUGUGGCCAUGUUUGAUCGAGAAAGAAUUACCCAAGCCAUGCGUCGUACGUCGGCGAUCGAUUGCAAUGUUGUUGGGACGCAUAAUUAUGGCAAUGGGAGCUUCUUUGUUCUUUGUGGGUCAAACUAUAACAAAGGCUCUGAAUGUCUUCGAACGCUGAGAUACGAUAACAAAUGUCUCCUGCCGGAUCGAUCGUUCAGCGGCAACAGGCAGAUAGUUCGCGCAAGUGUUUACAAUGACCAGGCUCAGUAUCUGAUUGCCACGGGCGAAAGCGGCUUGAUAACGCUAUGGAAUUGUCAGAACGGACCGGAACCGAGCAUCAAUAGCGCGAGCAAAAGUAUGAAGCAAAAGUUACACGUUAGUCACCGCGCUAAACCGUACUAGCAUCGUUUUGAAUACUACGGGUAAAAACUGAAAACAACGACAUAAAGAAACAAUAAAAAAGUUACU